AUGACAGGACUAAUCGAUCUCCCCGAGGAACUCCUCGCCAUCAUCGCAUCCUCCCUCUCGAAAGGAAAUCUCGCCCAACUUGUCAGCUCUUGCCGCCAACUCUCCCAUUCCUCAUCACUACUCGCCUAUUUAUGGCAGGAGAUCAGCCUUGAGUCAGACUUUCCCUAUCUUCGCUGCGAUAAUUUCGGGGACAGGGCCUGCCGUCCUCUCAAGGGAGGGGUGCUCGUAUCUGCGGGGAGGUUGAGCCAGUACGCCGGGUUCGUGCAGUCUCUCAGUCUCCUUGGACCCUUCCGAACAGAGUACUAUCAGAUCUCAUUCCCACAGCUGCACAAACUUUCUCUUUUCCACGAGAUUGAUUACUCGUCGCCGGACGGCAAGGAGGACGAUGCGAUGGAGGCAGAGCAGCAGGUCAACAAUGCGGAGCUUGUGCGGCGGAACCCGAAUAUCAAGGAGCUCAGUAUCCAUGUCGAGUUCGCUCGACCGCCAAGUGACUUUUGGGAAGCCAUCUAUUCGACUCUACAGGACCCGAUAUGUCUUCAUCUGUCGGAUGUCAAGGAGCUCCAAGGGGCCGACGUCGUUGAUUCUUUUUGGAGAGCGUGUACGCUGUUUGAGGAGAUUGAAAGCAAUGGCAGCGACAUGGACGUCUCAAAGCUCUUACCAACGCUCACCUUCCCUCGGCUGAAGAGACUUGUGUUCCGAUCGACCGACUGGAACAAGAAGCGCUUUUACCCGCUUCUGCAAUUCGAUUGGUUCAAGCAGUGUCCCAACUUGACCAAACUGCAUUGGGAACUCUUUUAUGGAUCCAUCCCGGUUGAAGCGUGGGCACAGGCGAUGGAGCGAAAGACAUGGCCGGAUCUGGAAGACCUAUCAUUGAGGGAGCUGGCAGAGGAUGAUGAGGACCUUGCGGUCAUGUUUGCCCACCUACCCCCUCUACCCCGCUUCACCCUAGAGUCUCGCAAGUUUGGGCAACAGGCGUUCCUUGCUCUUCAGAACCGACUCUUUGCCAGCAUCCGGGUCCUGGACAUGUCGGGGACGUACAAGUUUACGAGCCAGAUGGCGGUGAAUGUAUUAGAGCAAUGUGUGCACUUGGAGGAUUUCCGAGCUGUAAUGAUCAACGUCGAGGAUCUGUGCGGUCCCUGGCUCUGUGAGGGCUUGAAGAGCCUUCAUGUCUUUUUCAUGACCGAGACCGAGGUUUCGAACGAUAUAGCGUUUCAUCGACUCUCAGUGAUGUCACAGCUCGAGGAGUGUUAUUUCAGUCGGACGUUUUCGGUGGAGAACAGGAGGGAUCUCCCCGUACCAGAAGGCGCGUAUACGCUGCAGUGGAAGUUGGGACUGGGACUGGAGCGACUGGUGCAGUUAAAGAAGUUGAGGACGAUUGCGUUUAAGGAUGCGGCGCAGAAGGAUAUGGGGGUAGAUGAACUUGUGUGGUUGAAAGAGAACUUGCCGGCGUUGAAGGAGGUUGGGGGCACGUUUUCGAGGGUUAAGGAGAAGUGUGAGGAGUUGGAGCGAUUCGCUGCGACCCUUGGGCUUGAAUUAUAG